AUGGGGGACCAGUGUACGCUGCGCCUCGUCCGAGAACUGAGACAGGUUGAGCGGAGUGAGCAACUUGCUUUCACUGUCCGUUAUGAGGAAAGCAACAUUCGAGAUAUCCAAGCCCUCAUCAUCGGACCCCCAGGCACCCCAUACGAACUGGGCUUUUAUGAGUUCUCAAUCAAAAUCCCGUCAGAUUACCCAGCAAAUCCGCCGGUAGUGAAAAUCCGGACAACCAACAGGGGCCGGACUCGCUUUGGUCCUAAUCUGUCGAUCUUGGGAACUUGGCAUGGUUCUCGGGGUGAGCAAUGGUCACCGGCGCAGGGACUCGAAUCCGUUAUGCUGUCAAUCCAGAGCCUCUUAUCCUCAAACCCAUAUACGCUGGAACCCGGAUUUGAGGGAAACGAAAGGGCGAAUGACACAGAAAACAUGGAGAUCUACAAAUCCAAGAUCCGCCAUGAAAAUUUACGACUGGCAGUCAUCACACCUCUUGAACAAGCCUUUCAAACUUCGUCCCCUCCUCGCCGAGUGGCGCUAAGGGUCUGUCACGAAUCGAGCGCGGAAGAAGAUAGUGAUGUCGAACUAGAACCCGAAGCUGGAUUGUUGGCUCAAAGCAAGUUCCACGACUUCUGCAAGCGACGCUUCCUGUGGUACCUUGAGUUCUACCAAAACGCCAUUGAGAAAGGUAUCGCGGACGAGGCACGCAGACAAGGAACGCCAUUCGUCCAAAUGCCGUUUGAAGGCUAUGGUAAUACCAUGAGCGGAGAAUGGAACUACAUCGACCUACAAACCCGUUUGUUGGCUCUUCGAGACCGAUUGAUGGAAGAGACCUACAACUGGCCCGUCGAGGGUCUUGCUCUGGUCAAGGAGGAUGCCGGGAUUGCAGUUAAACUGGCCGGCCAGCAUGAGCAGAUUGCUGCAGAAAUGAACUCUUGUCCUCAAGUCAUUGAUCUGUCGCUGGUUGAUGACAACCCGUUCGUCUGGAGACUCACCUAUGUUGGUCGCAACGAGUCCAGACUGGAAGGUGGCAUUAUCAAGAUAAAGAUUUACAUCAGUCCUCGACACCCAGAAGAACAACCUCGGGUCUUCGUCGAGUCACCCUUGUACCACAUUCGUGUUUCCAAGCUGGGUGUGUUAAUGUACCUUCCUUCGCAUGCUGAAGAAAUCGGCCAACACAUCGAGGGCAUCGUCAACACGCUGGAAGACGACAACCCUCCAUACAAUCCCCUCAUGACAGUCAACCCAGAGGCAAGCGCUCUGUGCUGGGGUUCGGAAACAGACCGCAGGCUCUACAGGCGCAAGCUUCGAACAUCUCUGGAAGAAUCCUGA